AUGGCCGGACGUUUGCCUUAUCUACCAUCUUUCAGUAUUCCUCUCCCAGAGCCGUGGAGACACGGACCUGCCCAAUACUCUCGAGGUCAUCCCGAUCUGCCCAAUGGAUGGUAUCAAGACGGUCGAAAACUACAUAAUGUGAAAAGUUCGAAAGCUUUCAUCUGGCCGAAAGACGGUAGAAAGGGUACCAAAUUAGGACGCUUCAAAGAUAUCUUCCAAGGCAAAGGCCCCGAUAUGUUCGUCACCUGUGCGGCUGAUCCGAAAGACUUCAUGGCCAACCGUCCAUCGCGGGCUCAAUGGACCAGACACACCCACCUCGACGGCCCUCACCAGCUCGGCUUCCGCGCUUCGAAGUUUGCUCCCUGGACAGAAGGGGGUAUGUUGUCAGGUGGGCGUUCGCGGAAAGAGGCCUACGAUUUCCGGACCAGAAAGUACGUAAAGCGAUACCCUCGAAUGUGGACGGAUGCGGUCUGGCAAUCAGAACCAUACAAGAACAGGGAAUACAAUACAUUCCCCGAAGCUAUUCGGUACAUGGACGGAAUCUGGUGGCAAGAUGCGCAACACUUGCCAGCGAAUCGGGGUGGGCCACCCGAGAACGAACUUGGGGAGCAGUGGUUCUUCGCUUAA